AGACAAUGGUAUGCUGGCACCUGAGAGAACUCAGCCAUGUAAGGGGUUAACUGCUCCAGGAAGAACAAGGUGCAUAGCUGUAUUGGGUGGGGAGAAGCAUUUCAACGUUCCUUGCAGAAAUUAAACUAAAGUACUGUAUACAGUGUAUUGGGUACGGUACCACACUCUCAGGUUAUUCAUAAAUAUCUAUUAAAUACGUACACACUGAGUCUAUUAUCUCACAGAAAGGACAAAGAUAUUAAAUGACCACAAACACAUAAAGAUAUGGCUACCUCCAAUCCCAUGUCUGAAGAGCAGUUCCUGUGUUCUAUCUGUCUGGAUGUAUUCACUGAGCCGGUCACAACUUCAUGUGGACACAACUUCUGCAGGACCUGUAUCAGCGGAUACUGGAAAACCAUUGACCUGUGCCAGUGUCCAAUAUGUACGCAUAAGUUCCACACGAGACCAGACCUUCGAGUCAAUACAUUCAUUGUUGAGAUGGCUGCUCAGUUCAGGAAGAAAGCUACCAGCAGCCCAGACCAAUGCCCUGCAAAACCUGGAGAAGUGUCCUGUGAUGUCUGCACUGAGACGAAGCUCAAGGCACUGAAGUCCUGCCUGGUGUGUCUGACUUCUUACUGUGAGACUCACCUGGAGCCUCAUCAGAGAGUCGCAGCCUUAAGGAGACACAAGCUGAUCAACCCUGUUGAUAACCUGGAAGACAGAAUAUGCAAGACACACGAGAGACUCCUGGAGUUGUUCUGUAGGAAUGACCAGAUGUGUGUUUGUGUCUUGUGCAUAAAAACAGACCACAAGACUCACCAUACUGUCCCUCUAGAGGAAGAGUUUGGAGAGAGGAAGGGUAAAUUAGAAAAAACACACGCAAAAGUGCAACAGCAAAUCCAGGAGAAACUAGAGAAGGUUCAGGAGAUCAAACACUCAGUAGAUCUCAGCAAGAGAAACUCAGAGAGAAAGAUCACAGACAGCGCUCAGGUCUUCACUGCUCUGAUGCGCUCCAUUGAAAAGAACGUGGCUGAUCUCAUUGAGGUGAUUGAGAAGAAGCAGGAAGCAGCAGAGAGGCAGGCUGAAGAACUCAUUAAAGAGCUGGAGCAGGAAAUCACUGAGCUAAAGAGGAGAAGCACUGACCUGGAGCAGGUCUCACACACUGAGGACCACCUCCAUCUAGUCCAGAGCUUUCCAUCCUUAUGCACCCCUCCGCCCACCAAGGACUGGUCUGAGAUCAGUGUUCACAGUGAUCUCUGUGUGAUGAGUUUGAAGAGAGUGGUGUUUCAGCUGGAAGAGACACUGAAUAAAGAGAUUGAGAAGCUGCCUGAAAUCAAACUGAAGAGGAUUCAGCAGUAUGCAGUGGAUGUGACUCUGGACCCUGAUACAGCACAACGUGAACUCAUCCUGUCUGAGGAUCGGAAAGAAGUAAGAUAUGGAGACACACGACAGAAUCUCCCUAAUAACCCAAAGAGGUUUGAUCCUGUCCUUAUUGUCUUAGGAAAGGAGGGAUUCUCCUCAGGGAGAUUUUACUAUGAGGUGACUGUUACAGGGAAGACUGGGUGGAGUUUAGGAGUGGCCAGAGAGUCCAUAAACAGGAAGGGGAAUAUCACACUGUCCCCCGAUAGUGGAUGCUGGGCUGUGGUCCUGACACAUAGGAGUAAGUACGCAGCUUGUGCCCCCAUCUUUACCCCCCUCUACCUGAGAGAGAAGCCCCAGAAGGUGGGGGUAUUUGUUGAUUAUGAGGAGGGGCAGGUCUCCUUUUAUGAUGUGGAGGCCAGAUCUCAUAUCUACUCUUUCAAUGGCUGCAUCUUCACUGAGAAACUAUAUCCAUGCUUCAACCCUAGUGUUAAUCAUGAUGGUAAAAACUCUGCCCCUCUGAUCAUUUCUCCUGUCAACCACACAGACUGAGUUUGAACCUGAAAGUAAGUGACCUGUAAAAUAAGUACCUCAAAUUAGAGUUCUCUUUUAUGAAUCUCCAGGGAGAAUAUUUCACUGUAGAGUAUUACUGAUGUGCUUGUUGUUUGUUAUAGUAGUAGUCCAUCUGUCAGUCUGUUAGACAUGAUGAGUGCAGAA